GGUAACACAAUGCCAGCGGAGCGCAAAAAGCCAGCAAAUAUGGAAGAAAAAGAAUCUCCGUUAAAUAAUAAAGAAAAAGAAUUUAGUGAAAGGCGACCAGUGAGCACCAGGGAGAAGCCAAAAGAAGAUGUCAAGGUUGGCAUGAAGAGAGAGACUUUAAAGGUUCCUGAAGAUAAAAAGAAAAAACUGGAAGAGGAUAAAAGAAAAAAAGAAGACAAGGAGCGGAAGAAAAAAGAAGAGGAUAAAGUAAAGGCAGAAGAAGAGCAAAAGAAGAAAGAAGAGGAAGAAAAAAAGAAACUUGAAGAAGAGGAGAAAAAGAAACAAGAGGAGGAAGAGAAAAAGAAACAGGAAGAAGCAGCUGCUCAACUGAAAGAAAAAGAGGAAGCGCAUCAGCUCCAUCAGGAGGCUUGGGAGCGCCACCAGGCAAGAAAAGAGCUUCGCAGCAAAAACCAGAAUGCACCAGACAAUCGCCCUGAGGAAAACUUCUUCAGCAGACUGGAUUCCAGUCUGAAGAAGAACACAGCUUUUGUUAAGAAGCUAAAAACCAUUACAGAGCAACAAAGGGACUCCUUGUCCCAUGACUUUAAUAGCCUGAAUUUAAGCAAAUACAUUGCAGAAGCAGUAGCUUCUAUCGUGGAAGCCAAACUGAAAAUAUCAGAUGUGAACUGCGCUGUGCACUUGUGUUCCCUCUUUCACCAGCGCUAUGCUGAUUUUGCUCCUUCAUUACUUCAGGCUUGGAAAAAGCAUUUUGAGGCAAGGAAAGAAGAGAAGACACCGAACAUUACCAAGUUAAGAACUGAUUUGCGUUUCAUUGCAGAAUUGACAAUAGUUGGGAUUUUCACUGACAAGGAAGGUCUGUCUUUAAUCUAUGAGCAGCUUAAAAAUAUUAUUAACGCUGAUCGAGAAUCCCACACUCAUGUUUCUGUGGUUAUCAGCUUUUGUCGGCACUGUGGAGAUGACAUUGCUGGUUUGGUACCAAGGAAGGUAAAAACUGUUGCAGAGAAGUUUAACUUGGGCUUUCCUCCUAGUGAGAUAAUUAGCCCAGAGAAACAACAGCCCUUCCAGAAUUUGUUGAAGGAAUACUUUACAUCUUUGACCAAACACCUGAAAAGGGACCACAGGGAGCUACAAAAUAUUGAAAGACAAAACAGGCGCAUUCUUCACUCCAAGGGAGAGCUGAGUGAAGAUCGACACAAGCAAUAUGAAGAAUUUGCAAUGUCCUAUCAGAAGCUGUUGGCAAAUUCCCAGUCUCUAGCUGAUCUUUUGGAUGAAAAUAUGCCUGACCUUCCCCAAGAGAAACCAACACCUGAGGAACAUGGACCCGGUAUUGAUAUUUUCACACCAGGAAAACCUGGCGAAUAUGACCUGGAGGGGGGUAUCUGGGAAGACGAAGAUGCUAGAAACUUCUAUGAGAAUCUCAUCGACUUAAAGGCUUUUGUGCCAGCAAUUCUGUUUAAAGAUAAUGAAAAAUGUUCCCAGAACAAGGAUUCCGGCAAAGAUGAAUCAAGAGAUUCAAAAGAUGCCAAAGAUAAUAAAGAAGCACCUGGGAGCGAGGAUUUGGAGUUGGAGCUGGAGAACCUGGAUAUUAAUGAUGAUCCUCUGGAGUUAGACUGUGGAGACGAGGCAGAAGAUCUUACAAAAAAGCUGCUUGAUGAGCAAGAACAAGAGGAUGAAGAAGCCAGUACUGGAUCUCAUUUAAAACUUAUAGUAGAUGCUUUUCUUCAGCAGCUUCCAAAUUGUGUCAACAGAGACCUCAUAGACAAGGCAGCAAUGGAUUUUUGCAUGAAUAUGAAUACAAAAGCCAACAGAAGAAAACUAGUACGAGCACUUUUCAUAGUUCCUAGACAAAGGUUGGAUUUGCUACCAUUUUAUGCAAGACUGGUUGCCACAUUGCAUCCCUGUAUGUCUGAUGUAGCAGAGGAUCUUUGUUCCAUGCUGAAAGGGGAUUUCAGAUUUCAUGUGAGAAAAAAGGACCAGAUCAACAUUGAAACAAAGAAUAAAACUGUGAGAUUUAUUGGUGAGCUUACCAAGUUUAAGAUGUUCUCAAAAAACGAUACUCUCCACUGUUUAAAGAUGCUUCUGUCAGACUUUUCUCAUCACCAUAUUGAAAUGGCAUGUACUCUGCUGGAAACCUGUGGAAGAUUCCUCUUUAGAUCACCAGAAUCUCACCUAAGAACCAGUGUUCUUUUGGAACAAAUGAUGAGAAAAAAACAAGCAAUGCAUCUUGAUGCUCGCUAUGUUACAAUGGUAGAAAAUGCCUAUUACUACUGUAAUCCCCCUCCAGCUGAAAAAACUGUGAAGAAAAAACGUCCUCCUUUGCAGGAGUAUAUUCGUAAGCUUCUUUACAAGGAUCUCUCCAAAGUCACCACAGAGAAGGUCCUGAGACAGAUGCGCAAGCUGCCUUGGCAGGAUGCAGAAGUAAAAGACUAUGUUAUAUGCUGUAUGAUCAACAUCUGGAAUGUGAAAUAUAAUAGUAUUCACUGUGUAGCCAACCUCUUAGCAGGGUUGGUCCUUUACCAGGAAGAUGUUGGAAUUCAUGUUGUGGAUGGAGUGCUAGAGGAUAUUCGACUAGGAAUGGAGGUUAACCAGCCAAAGUUUAACCAACGGCGGAUCAGCAGUGCCAAGUUUUUGGGGGAGCUUUACAAUUAUCGAAUGGUGGAAUCAGCUGUAAUAUUUCGAACUCUGUAUUCUUUCACAUCGUUUGGUGUGAACCCUGAUGGUAGCCCUAGUCCACUGGACCCUCCAGAGCAUCUUUUCAGAAUCAGACUAGUUUGUACUAUCCUCGAUACCUGUGGGCAGUAUUUUGACAGGGGAUCCAGCAAACGAAAGCUUGAUUGCUUCCUUGUAUAUUUUCAGCGGUACGUUUGGUGGAAAAAAAGUCUGGAUGUUUGGACAAAAGACCACCCGUUUCCUAUAGACAUUGACUAUAUGAUCAGCGAUACACUGGAACUGCUGAGACCAAAGAUAAAGCUCUGCAAUUCUCUGGAAGAAGCUAUCAGACAGGUGCAAGACUUGGAACGAGAAUUCUUAAUAAAAUUAGGAAUUGUGAAUGACAAAGAUUCCAAAGAUUCCAUUACGGAAGGAGAGAAUCUGGAAGAGGAUGAAGAAGAGGAGGAAGGUGGAGCAGAGACAGAGGAACAAUCUGGAAAUGAAAGUGAAGUAAAUGAGCCAGAAGAAGAGGAGGGCUCUGACAAUGAGGAAGAAGAAGGUGAAGAAGAGGAGGAAGAAAACACGGAUUAUCUUACAGACUCUAAUAAGGAAAAUGAAACAGAUGAGGAGAAUACAGAAGUAAUGAUUAAAGGAGGAGGACUUAAGCAUGUCCCUUGUGCAGAAGAUGAGGACUUCAUUCAGGCAUUGGAUAAAAUGAUGCUGGAAAAUCUUCAGCAACGGAGUGGCGAAUCUGUUAAAGUACAUCAGUUGGAUGUUGCUAUUCCUCUACAUCUCAAAAGUCAGCUCAAGAAGGGUCCCCCACUUGGAGGUGGGGAAGGAGAGUCAGAGUCGGGAGACACAAUGCCAUUUGUCAUGCUAACACGAAAAGGCAACAAACAGCAGUUUAAGAUCCUAAAUGUACCAAUGUCUUCCCAACUUGCUGCAAACCAUUGGAACCAACAGCAAGCUGAACAGGAGGAGAGAAUGAGGAUGAAAAAGCUCACUUUGGACAUCAAUGAACGGCAAGAACAAGAGGACUACCAGGAAAUGUUGCAGUCUCUGGCACAGCGUCCAGCUCCAGCAAAUACUAAUCGUGAACGGCGGCCUCGUUACCAGCAUCCAAAGGGAGCACCUAAUGCAGAUCUAAUCUUUAAAACUGGUGGGAGGUAG